AUGCGGAAGACAGGCAGCGAGCGGGCCUGCCAGUCACAGCCCACACGGGCCACGUCCCCAGCGGAUCUGCAGCAGCCCUCCCCUGCCCUGCACUGUGGGCACUUCAGGAUGAGCCAGUGUCUGCCCGGUGUGGCGCAGCGCCCUCUCCUUGCAGCCAGCAUCCGGGGUUUUCUUACUGGUGCCUUCUUUGUCCUGGGCUGCUGGGGGUUCCCUGAUUUCCAGCAGGAUUUUUUUCAGGCUCUGGAGCCCAAGAAUGUGUCUUCGAACUUUGGCCCCGACGCUGCCUCUGCAGGUCUCCUGUCCCCUGGCCUCCAGAGGCGAAGGUGGGCUGCUGGGGACAUUUUACACCUGGAACUGUUGGUGGUUGCGGGCCCCGAUGUCUACCAGGCUCACCAGGAGGACACCGAGCGCUAUAUACUGACAAAUCUCAACAUCGGGUCGGAACUUCUGAAGGACCCAAGCCUGGGGGCUCAGUUCCGGGUGCAUCUGGUGAAGCUGAUGAUCCUCGUGGAGCCCGAGGAUGCUCCAAAUAUCACAGCCAACAUCACGUCGUCCCUGCGGAGCGUCUGUGAGUGGAGCCAGACCGUCAACCUCACGGAUGACUCGGCUCCUGGGCACGCUGACCUGGUCCUCUACGUCACCCGGUUUGACCUGGAAUUACCGGAUGGUAACCGGCAGGUUCGGGGGGUCACCCGGCUCGGAGGCCUCUGCUCCCCGUCCUGGAGCUGCCUCAUCACCGAGGACACUGGGUUCGACCUGGGAGUCACCAUCGCCCAUGAAAUUGGGCACAGCCUUGGCCUGGACCACGACGGCACACAGGGCGGAGGGUGCGGCUCCAGUGGCCACGUGAUGGCGUCGGCUGGCGCGGUGUCAGCGGGCGGGGCUCUGGGGUGGUCCUCCUGCAGCCGCAGGCAGCUGUGGCAACUGCUGAGGGCAGGGAGAGCACGCUGCCUGUGGGACCAGCCUCGGCCACAGUCCAGACCCGUGGGCUUCCCCCGAGAUGCGCAGCCCGGCCUCUACUACGAUGCUGACCAGCAAUGUCGCAUUGCCUUUGGGCCCCGGGCUGUGGCCUGCACCUUCGCCAGGGAGGGCUUGGAUGCGUGCCAGGCUCUCUCCUGCCACACGGACCUCCUGGACCACAGCAGCUGCAGUCGCCUCCUGGUCCCUCUCCUGGAUGGCACGGAAUGUGGGAUGGCGAAGUGGUGCUCCAAGGGUCACUGCCGCUCACUGGCGGAGCUGAGUCCUGUGGCGGCUGUGCAUGGACACUGGUCUGGCUGGGGUCUGCGUGGCCCUUGCUCCCGCACCUGUGGAGGAGGUGUGGUCAUCAGGAGGCGGCAGUGCAACAACCCCAGGCCUGCCUUUGGGGGGCGUGCGUGUGUCGGUGCUGAGUUCCAGGCAGAGAUGUGCAACACCCAGGCUUGUGAGAAGACCCAGCUGGAGUUCAUGUCUGAGCAGUGCGCUCAGACAAACAACCGGCCACUGAGCCUCUCCAGGGACAGCCCCUCCUUCUACCACUGGGGUGCAGCCGCACAGUACAGCCAAGGGGACGCUCUCUGUGGCCACCUGUGCUGGGCAGUGGGCGAAAGCUUCAUGGUGAGGCGUGGAGACAGAUUCGUGGAUGGGACCCGGUGUGUGCGGGGCCGCCCUCACCAGGACGGGACGCUGAGCCUCUGUGUGUCGGGCAGCUGCAGGGCGUUUGGCUGUGAUGGCAGGAUGGACUCCCUGCAGGUAUGGGAUGCGUGCCAGGUGUGCGGAGGGGACAACAGCACGUGCAGCCUGCGGAAUGGCUCUUUCACAGCCGGGAGAGCCGGAGAGUACGUCACGUUCCUGAUGGUCACUCCCGGCAUCACUGGGGUGCACGUCGUCAACCGCAGACCUCUCUUCGCGCACUUGGCCGUGAGGAUCCAAGGGCACUAUGUCGUGGCUGGGAAGGCUAGCAUGUCCCCCAGCACCACCUACCCAUCCCUCCUGGAGGACAGCCGUGUGGAGUACAGAGUGACCCUCACUAAGGACCGGCUGCCUCGCCUUGAGGAGAUCCACAUCUGGGGACCUGUCCAGGAAGACAUGGAGAUCCAGGUUUACAGGCAAUAUGGGGAGGAGUAUGGACCCCUCACCCAACCAGACAUCAUCUUCACCUACUUCCAGCCCAAGCAGCAGGGAGCCCGCGUGUGGGCUGCCGUGCGUGGGCCCUGCUCGGUGAGCUGUGGGGCAGGGCAGCUCUGGGUAAACUACAGAUGCCUGGACCAAGCCCAGAAUGAGUGGGUGGACACUGCCCAGUGCCAGGGGAGCCCACAGCCGCCGGCGUGGACAGAGCCCUGUGUUUUCCCGCCCUGCCCCCCAUACUGGGCAGCAGGAGACUUUGGUCCGUGUAGCGCUUCCUGUGGGGGAGGCCUGCGGGAGCGGCUGCUGCACUGUGUGGAGGCCCAGGGUGGCCUCCUGAGGACGCUGCCUCCUGCCCAGUGCCGAGCAGUGGCCCACAAGCCAGUGCCCGAGGUGGAAACCUGCAACCACCAGCCCUGCCCAGCCAGGCAAGGAGUGUCAGGCCCUGGCCAGAGCACAACACGCACGCAGGGGGCCGGGGGCUUGGAGGCAGCUGAGACACCACCCGCUCCUGAGCCUUGUGUCGGAAGGGCCUGUCCUCCAGGCGGGGCUCAGGUGGACACCACAUCUCCGGCAGAGGAGGCUCCAUUCCCAACAGGCAGCAUCAGGCCAGGGGCUGUGCAUGUGUGGACUCCGCUGGUGGGGCCAUGCUCUGUCUCCUGUGGGCGAGGCUCCAUGAACCUUCACUUCCUGUGCAUGGAUUCUGUGCUCCGGACACCUGUCCAGGAAGACCUAUGUGACCUGGCCACCAAGCCGGGGACCCGGCAGGAGGUCUGCCAGGCUGACCCAUGUCCUGUUAGGUGGAAGGUCCUGUCCCUCGGUCCAUGUUCAGCCAGCUGUGGUCUUGGCACUGCCGCACGCACCGUAACCUGUGUCCAGCAGGACCGGGGGCAGGACACUGAGGUGGACGAGGCGCUGUGUGCGGCCUUGGUGCGGCCCCAGGCCAGCGUCCCCUGCCUCACUGCCCACUGUGCCUACCAGUGGCACAUCGGCACCUGGACACCGUGCUCCGUCUCCUGUGGCGAGGGUGUCCAGUAUCGCCGAGAUACCUGCCUUGAAGCCCAGUCACCAGUGCCAGCCUCCUUUUGCCAGCACUUGCCUAAGCCGGUCACAGUGCGGGGCUGUUGGGUUGAGCCUUGUGAAAGACCAAGGACCCCCAGUCCAGCACCCCACCAGGAAGCCACCGCCCCUGGCCAGAGUACAGCUGCUGUUGCUGGUGGUCCUCUUCCAUGGCCCUGGGCCGGGCUCCCGGUCCCAGCGUCCCAGCCUCCGGAACCUCAGGAAAGCCCAGCAGAGUCUGGGACCUGUGGCAGGCAGUCUGAGCCCACAGGGACCAUCGACAAGUGAGGCACGGGACAAGGGGACUGUGUGGUGGCCAUUGGGCGUCCCCUGGGUGAGGUACUGACCCUCCAGGUCCUCAAGAGCUCCCUCAACUGCAGUGUGGGGGAGGUACUGCUGCCCUGGAGCCCGCUCACUUGGAGGAAGAUGUGCCAGCGGCUGUCUGGCAUGACUUUCCUCUCCAAGACCAACGCACUGGGAGUGAAGCAGUGGAGCAGGCAGCCCAGAGAGGGAGUGGUGCUGUGGUACAGGAGCCAGGCUACCUUCUACAGAGCGCCCGGGCUCAGCCACCUGGAGCGCUUCUGUGGCGUGCGUAGCGGCACGGAGCCUGCAGAAGUACCUGUCCAGCGUGUGAGCUCUGCCACGGCCGGGAGGCCGGGAGGCGCGCACUGUGCACACGGGUCCCCGCGGCGCCCCGCACUCAGCCCCCUGCCCUCCGCGCACGCGCAGUGUGAGUGUGCGCUCAGCGCUGCGGGCCCGGGUGAGCCGGGGAGCGCCCCGCAGGCGUGCCUCGGGCUGCCGGGCCUCCCGCGCCCGCAGUGCCGGCCACGCCCGCAUCGCUGCCAGGGGAUGAGGCCAGGGUGCCGGCUCGGUGAUCCCUCCAUCACCAACAGCGAGCCGGCCUGCGCGCCAGCUCUGGGCUCUCAACAGGGGCACCGAAGAGUUGGAGAGCGCCCGCAGACCCGGCCGGGCCCCUCCUCGGCCGGCCGGCGCCGGGGGCUGCCGGUCGCCCCGGAGCGGGCCGCGGAGGCCCGUCUGGGGAUCCUCCGGCCGUGUUCCUCCACGGGGCAGAAGGCUCGGUGUGGGCGGCGCAGCCCCCAGGUGCUAAUAAAGGAGGACGGGCAUCUUGCAGCGCGCUGGGCAGCUGGUCCCAGGCGGCCGCGGCCGGCUCCGGACUCCAGCACAGGCCCCACCCACCCCGCGGGCGCCGGCUGGAGGCUCAGGCCAGGUGCGCCGGGCCGGCCACGCCCCGCGCUCCCUAGGCCCCGCCCAGGCCGAUGA